AUGUUCAUCUCACUCCCGAAUAGCUCGGACACCAAGAUGACCAAGACCAACACGUUCCUCAAAGUCGACGGCGAGAAUAUCGUGCGCGACGGCAAGCCUAUCGUCCUCAAGGGCGCCGCACUCGGUGGAUGGAUGAACAUGGAGAACUUCAUCACAGGCUACCCCGGCCACGAACACCAGGUCCGGCGCGAGCUCCUCAAGGUGCUCGGCAAGGAAAAGUAUGACUUUUUCUUUGAUAAGUUCCUCGAGUACUUCUUCACCGAGGCAGACGCGGCAUUCUUCGCCUCGCUUGGGCUCAACUGCAUUCGCCUGCCCGUCAACUACCGGCACUUUGAGGAUGACAUGGCGCCAGGCGUGUUCAAGGAGGAGGGGUUCAAGCACCUCGACCGCGUCAUCGACUUGUGUGCAAAGUACGGAAUUUACACUGUUAUUGACCUGCACGCUGCACCCGGGGCGCAGAACAUUGACUGGCACUCGGACGGGGGGACAAACCAGGCGCUGUUCUGGGUCCACAAGGACUUCCAGGACCGCACCGUCGCCAUCUGGGAGCACCUGGCCCGCCACUACUGCGACAACACCUGGGUCGCGGGCUACAACCCCCUCAACGAGCCCACCGACGAGGAGCACACCCGCCUACCGGCUUUCUACGCUCGCGUCGAGAAGGCGAUCCGUGCGAUCGACCCCCACCACAUCCUCUUCCUCGACGGCAACACGUUCGGAAUGGACUUUCGCGCCUUCACCGAACCCCUGCCGAACUGCGUGUACGCCGUCCACGACUACUCGAACUACGGGUUCCCGAACCCGCCCGAGGAGUUCACUGGGACCAAGGAGCAGAUCGAGUUCCACGAGCGCGCGUUUGAGCGCAAGAUCGAAUUCAUGAAGAAGAUCGGGGGGCCUGUUUGGAACGGCGAGUUUGGGCCGGUAUACCAGCAGGCAUCGGAUGGCAUCCCGGACUGGGAAGACAUGAAUGACCGGCGCUACGCGGUUCUCGAAUGCCAGUUGGGGAUCUACGCAAAGUCGCACACGUCAUGGAGUAUCUGGCUAUACAAAGACAUUGGGUUCCAGGGCAUGACCUAUGUCAACCCCGACUCGGCUUACAUCAAGCUAAUCCAGCCUUUCCUGACCAAGAAGCGGCCCAUGGCUGACUGGCUGCGUGCCGCCGCGCCCUCCAUCGACAACCGCUAUCCCAAGAUGUGGCGCUCGGAGCGACACCUCACCCGCAUCGUGCGAAACUGCCUACUUGCAGACGAGCUGUGCUGCGAAUACGCCGCGUACUUUGCGGACAAGAGUGAGGCUGAGCUCGAGGAGCUCGCGCGCAGCUUCGCCCUCGAGAACUGCGUCAAGCGCGAGCGGCUCAACGCGAUCCUGCAGGAGGACGGGCGGCGUGGGGAGAUAUAA